AUGCUGAGGGCGCUCGCCAUCCAUCCCUCGACCACGGUCAUCGGGUUCAGCCGGUACCGCGCCAAGGUCCUCCUCUUCUACCUCCUGUGGAUCUACGCACCGUCGUACCCGUCGCGCAACGAGGCCAUCCUCCCCUCGUCGCCGCACCUCUCGCCGACCUGCACCGCCUCCGCCUCGAACCUCUUCCCUCGAUCGAGUGCGCCCCUCGCGGUCGUCCAGCCCGGCCUUCCUCUCGGCGCGACACCCUUCUCGAACGACGCCGACGCCGACGUCGCCCUGCCCUCGCCCUUGACGGCAGCCUACCUCUCGAGAGCGUCGCAUGCCUCCGCGUCGGCCGCCGCCAACUCGGCGCCCUCGUUGCCCGUCGCCGCCGACCACAUGCCGGCAAGGGGCUCGACGUCUCACGACUCGAGGGCGUCGAACGACUCGGGCCCGACGCCACCGCUCUCGGAGCAACCCGCCGCAGUAUCGGCUUCGGCAGACGAUCUCGACGCGCGACCACGACGCGCAGCGGGCCCAGGCGCAGCGCGAGACGUCCACGUCGUCCUAAGCGACGACGUCGCGCCGAGACGGCCGAGACCGCGUCGCGAGGAACCCGUCGCCGACUCGCCGAUCUGCUCGACAGCGCUUCCAGCGCCAACCUCGCCUCGCCUCACCCCUCUCACCUACACCCUCCUCGCCCUGCACCUCCUCUUCCUCCUCGAGCUCGUCUUCCUCAACCUCGAGACGUCGCCCGCCAUGUCCAAGCUCUCGAGCACGCGCCCCUCGCUCUCGCCUCUCUCGUCGUUGACCACCCCGCCGGUCCGUGCGUCAAAAGGCGCCACGUCCUCGUCGUCGCUCGCCAAGCGCCUGGCACGCGCUCGGUGGCGCAUCUCCACGACCUGGAACGCGUGCGGGCAGGAGCUCGUCGUGUGGGCCGCCGCAGCGCUCGUCCUCGGAGCGGUCGGCGCGACGUGGCGGUCGGGCGGCGGGGAGGGGUGGAACGCGGUGCUCGGCCCGCAGGCGUGGACGGCGCAUCUGCGGCUCGCUGAGGGUGACGAGGGGAGCAGCGAGGGGGCGAAAGGGUGGCGGAUCAUGCGGAACGUCGUCGCGCUCGAGAUCGCAGUCGUCGUACUCGGUCUGGGGCAGAGCGUACUGCCGCUCCUGGUCGCGGUCGGGCUCGUCCCCUCGGCCGUGCCCGUACCCUCAUACCUCGAACCGCCUCCAACCUCGCCCUCGACCCCGCUCAACAGCCUCAAGCCCUCCUCGCGCCCUCCCACCUUCACCAUUCCGCUCCUCGACCUCGCUCAGCAGUACCUCCACCCCUCGCUCGCCUUCCUCGUCUCGACCCUUCAGCUCGCCCAGCUCGCCCUCGCUCGCCCACCCUCGCACAGCCUCGUCAAUUGGCGCACCCUCGUCUGGCUCCACGCCGCCUGGUGCGCCUUUGACGGCGCGCGCCGCAGCAAGGCGCGCAUGACGAGCCUCGUCGCGCACGUGCGCGAGCUCGCGCGGGCGUUCCCUGGGCCUGAGCGCGGGACGGGCGAGGACUGGCGGUGCUCGAUCUGCUUCGAGGGCCGAGGCGAGGUGACGGCGUGCGAGGGUGCGGCGGCGUGUGUGGGAGGGGCGGCGGCCGGGCUGGCCGCGGACGAGCCGAGGCGCAGGGUGAUCGGGUUCAGGACGCUGUGCACGCUCCCGUGCCGCCACAGCUUCCACGCCCACUGCCUCGUGCGCUGGUUCCGCCGCGUCGCCUUUUGCCCAACCUGCCACCGCGACGCUCGCACUUCCUCCGGCCCGGCCCCGACGAGCGCCCACGAGGAAGCGCUGCGAGCGCUGCGCGAGGCGAGGCUGCGCGCUCCUGCUGGUACGGCGGCGGCCUGGGCGCAAGGCGCGCCGGCGAGCGAGGACGAGUACCCGGGCGCGAGGGCAGCGGCGGCGAGGGAGGGCAGGCGCGCGCGCACGGUCGACCUCGAUGGACUCGCGGCGGCUUUCGAGGCAGUGGCGAUGGGCGGGGCCGACCAGGGCGAGGGCGGGGUGGUCGAGGCUCGAGCGCGCGUCCAGCCUAGCGACCUUCCCGAGGUCGCCGAUUGA